AAAAAUUGUUGUUUCCGUUUUAACUAACUAUGGUCUCGACGCAUUUGCUCUGUAAUUUUGGUUCCAGUUUCUCAGUUUCUACCUUGGGUGCUCAUGACGUUACUCGAACUAGUCACGAAGGCUGCGGCUGAUCCCUUAGGCCGCAUCGUUCAAUCGCAAUAUCCCAUUAUAUUGAAUGUGGAUGAUAUAUUAUGCAAUUUGAAACCCGAAAAUGAAGAUUCCAAUGAUUUUUCUUUGUUCAAACGCGUUGGCGGAUGGCAGAUUUCAGCAACUGAUUCAGAAAUCAUUGCAUUAGGGAGCCGGUUUUGCAAAAAAUUGAAAAAGAAUCUCAGUAAACGUAAAUCUUUUGAUAAGGAAGAGUAUCUAGGGCUUCUGAAUUCAUUUCUGGAGAAAAUGAGGAAGAAGGUUGGUAUCUCUUGUGGUGUUGAUCCUUCUGAUUCGAAUUACACCAGUGUAAUGAUUGAAAAGCUGGGAUUUUUCAUUUCUCGAGAUGUUGCACGUUCGGUUUUAGAGGCUUGUUUACUGCUGGAACUCUGGGAGUUGCUGGAAACUUUAAUUAGUCAAGGGCUUGUUGGUCAUUCAUCAUCUACAUAUGUGCUUGAGUCUCUCAUUGAUGCGAAGAGAUCAGAUUUGAUUUGUCUCUGUAUCAAGCACUUUUCUGACUUUCAGUCAUCAGAUCUUCUUUCUGUAUUGAAAUACUUUCUGUCCCCACCAAAAGAAGCAUAUGGUAGUAUGGUCAAGGUUAGGAAAGAAUGGGAAAGCCAAGCUCUUUUAGCUAUUGAGAAGGUAGCCUCUGAAAACCUCACCGGGAAGAAAUCUAAUUUAGCCAAGCAAGCUUCAGUCCUGCUGAUGAUAGCCCACGACGGAUUUUCUGCAUCGGAACUCUGUCUGCAUUACUUGUUUGCAUCUUCUAACCUUGAUGAACUGACAUUGUCUUCUUCUCUCAGUAGAUUGGAUGGUUCCGAGAUGUUAAGUUUGAUUCGGUACAUGGGGAAGUGGUUGAGGAAGUACCAGAGGUUUCCCCAGGCAGGCCUCUGUCCAUCAGCAGCAUUGGUUUUGGGUUUGAAAGCCUGUGACUGGGUGCCAUCCCUUGAGUCCAUUGUGAAGUAUCUUGGAUUGGUACUGGAUGAGCAUUUCUCUUCCUUGGUAUUGUACUCAGAAUUUCAUGAAGAGCUGAGAUCGAUGGAGGUGAUCGUGAAGUCUUUAGCUUUGGAAGCUAGUUUAUGUUGUUCGGUAGCCAAUGUGAUUGAGAAUUUGAGAACAGAAGUUGGACAGCAUGAAGUUGCAUAGGCUAAACCGGUUGGUAUUGCAUUGAUAUUUGUAUUUUGCGCUUCAUGAUUCUGUAACUUAUUGAUGAAUGGUGGA